AUGGACAGGAAUGGAAAUACGACGCCCCAAAGACAGACGACCAAGUUGUGUCAACAAUCGGAAAAUGGUUGUCGUGGGAUAGUAGUAGUAGCAGUAGUAGUAGUAGUAGUAGUAGUAGUAGUAGUAGUAAUAGUAAUAGUAGUAGUAGUAGUAGUAGUAGUAGUAGUAGUAGUAGUAGUAGUAGUAGUAGUAGUAGUAGUAGUAGUAGUAGUAGUAGUAGUAGUAGUAGUAGUAGUAGUAGUAGUAGUAGUAGUAUUGGUCCAAGUGGCACUCCGGGGUCUUCACAGUCAUCUUCGAGUACAAACUUGCUGGGAUCAUGACGAUCACCAGCUGGGAGUUGGUACGGACCCGCUGGUGCACGCCGUCGCGCUCCGCUCACUCCUGGAACGUGCGUUGCCAACGCUAGAUGAGGCGUCACGGGCAGACCUGGUGGCAGACCGAUGUGUGGAUAGUCUGCCGGAGCCCUUGCGUUGGAUGGUACGCGUCGCCCGUGCCGGCCGUUCACUGAAUUUGGUCCAGCUCGCGGACGUGGCUCGAGAACUGGCCAUGCUUGACGUACCUGUGGUCAAUACGGCCCAUGUCGGAGAUUCAUGGAAGGACGUCGAACUUGUGGGGGAGAAUUAUGAACUGGACCUUUCGAACCUGGAGGACGAACCAGUGAAAGCCGAAAAGUUGGAAGAAACCGAGUUUUCUUGCUGUGGAAACGUGGAAUCUAUCUUAUACGAACAGCCUGAAAUCCCGAAGGAUAUUGAAGGAAGUAUACCGGAAACAUUUCUGCUGGAGACUUCAAUCACUACUGAUGAGGUGGAAGAUGUCGGAAAACUGAACCGUACCUCUGAAAAUAUGGAAAACUGUAACCGGGAUUGCUCUGAAAGUCAACCUGAUGAUGGUGGAAACGAAGACAUGUCAUUUGCUCCAGUCUCCAUUGCAUCGAAAGACAACGGGUCAUGUCUUGCGCAAUGUGAAACCAAGACGCCGUUCAAAGUGGAUACAGAAGACGUUUACCCCUACCUGAGCAAGUGCCGGAUAGUAGUAGUAGCAGUAGUAGUAGUAGUAGUAGUAGUAGUAGUAGUAGUAGUAGUAGUAGUAGUAGUAGUAGUAGUAGUAGUAGUAGUAGUAGUAGUAGUAGUAGUAGUAGUAGUAGUAGUAGUAGUAGUAGUAGUAGUAGUAGUAGUAGUAGUAGUAGUAGUAGUAGUAGUAGUAGUAGUAGUAGUAGUAGUAGUAGUAGUAGUAGUAGUAGUAGUAGUAGUAGUAGUAGUAGUAUUGGUCCAAGUGGCACUCCGGGGUCUUCACAGUCAUCUUCGAGUACAAACUUGCUGGGAUCAUGACGAUCACCAGCUGGGAGUUGGUACGGACCCGCUGGUGCACGCCGUCGCGCUCCGCUCACUCCUGGAACGUGCGUUGCCAACGCUAGAUGAGGCGUCACGGGCAGACCUGGUGGCAGACCGAUGUGUGGAUAGUCUGCCGGAGCCCUUGCGUUGGAUGGUACGCGUCGCCCGUGCCGGCCGUUCACUGAAUUUGGUCCAGCUCGCGGACGUGGCUCGAGAACUGGCCAUGCUUGACGUACCUGUGGUCAAUACGGCCCAUGUCGGAGAUUCAUGGAAGGACGUCGAACUUGUGGGGGAGAAUUAUGAACUGGACCUUUCGAACCUGGAGGACGAACCAGUGAAAGCCGAAAAGUUGGAAGAAACCGAGUUUUCUUGCUGUGGAAACGUGGAAUCUAUCUUAUACGAACAGCCUGAAAUCCCGAAGGAUAUUGAAGGAAGUAUACCGGAAACAUUUCUGCUGGAGACUUCAAUCACUACUGAUGAGGUGGAAGAUGUCGGAAAACUGAACCGUACCUCUGAAAAUAUGGAAAACUGUAACCGGGAUUGCUCUGAAAGUCAACCUGAUGAUGGUGGAAACGAAGACAUGUCAUUUGCUCCAGUCUCCAUUGCAUCGAAAGACAACGGGUCAUGUCUUGCGCAAUGUGAAACCAAGACGCCGUUCAAAGUGGAUACAGAAGACGUUUACCCCCUACCUGAGCAAGUGCCGGGUGAGGAAGUCCAACCUUAUGCAUCCCGAAUGGAGACUGCUGGAAGUCAUAUCCAGGAUGAUAGGGGAAUGACACAACGCAUGGUGCUCAGUAACUUUGAAGUGGGUCUUCACAGUCAUCUUCGAGUACAAACUUGCUGGGAUCAUGACGAUCACCAGCUGGGAGUUGGUACGGACCCGCUGGUGCACGCCGUCGCGCUCCGCUCACUCCUGGAACGUGCGUUGCCAACGCUAGAUGAGGCGUCACGGGCAGACCUGGUGGCAGACCGAUGUGUGGAUAGUCUGCCGGAGCCCUUGCGUUGGAUGGUACGCGUCGCCCGUGCCGGCCGUUCACUGAAUUUGGUCCAGCUCGCGGACGUGUCUCGAGAACUGGCCAUGCUUGACGUACCUGUGGUCAAUACGGCCCAUGUCGGAGAUUCAUGGAAGGACGUCGAACUUGUGGGGGAGAAUUAUGAACUGGACCUUU